GAAGAAGAAGAAGAGGAAGAAGAGGAAGAAGAAGGAGAAACAGGAAGAUGGAGAGGGCAGCUGAUGGUGACACAUCUUAGAAGCAGGUUCUAUGCUGCGACUCAGGACCUCUGCAGAAGAACGAAGCAGCUGUGAGAUCGCCCGGCUCAGACAAGCGGUUUUACAAAACGAUGACCGACUCCUCGAUGAGAUGCUCUGCCAAGAAGUCUACAAGAAGGUCAUCAACUGCAGAGGCGGCUGGGGCAUCGCCGGCACGCCCCUGCACGCCGCCGUGUCCAAAGGCCACCUGGGCUGCCUGCAGGUGCUGCUGGGCCACGGCGCCCUGGUAGACUGCGUGGACGUGAAGGCCCAGACCCCCCUGUUCGCGGCCGUGCGCGGCAAAUACCUGGACUGCGUCUUAGCGCUCCUCGGAGCCGGCGCCGACCCCAACGGGAACGCGUCCAACAACUGCUCCCCGGUCCUCACCGCCGCCCGGGAGGGCGACGUGGAGAUCCUGAAGGAGCUGCUGCGACGCGGCGCCGAGGUGAACUCGCGCUCCAAGGUCUUGCUGUGGACUUGCAGCGCCCGGGUGUCCAGCGGGCCGCUGUACCUGGCCGCCGUUUACGGACACAUGGAGUGCUUCAAGCUGCUGCUCCUCUACGGGGCCGACCCGGAUUACAACUGCACGGACGCAAAGCUGCUGGGUUCCAUCAAGCAGCCCAAAACGGUGCUGGAGAUGUGCCUGAGGCACGGCUGCGGCGUGGAGUACAUCCAGCUGCUGAUCGACUUUGGCGCCAACGUCUACCUCCCCACGCUGAUCAUCGAGAAGUCCACCAAGCAGAACGAAGCCGUGGAGCUGCUUCUGGAGGAAAGAGGGAAUCCAAAGGCCUUGACUUCACAGUGCCGACUCUCCGUCCGAAGAUACCUCAAAAAGAUCAACAGGAUCCACCGAAUCGACCAGCUGGACCUGCCGACGCGUCUCAUUAACUUCCUGCAACACAGGGCGGCCCCCGUCACGCUCCCGUGGCCCGCCGAGCCGCAGGCCCCCCGCUGUGAAUUAAUUGUUAUUUAACUGUGUGACUUAACUCUGUGAAACGCGUUUGUUUUAGAUUCCGCCAGAGGGAGCAUUAAAUGUGUGUGUGUGGAUACA